AUGUCGCCAGUGGUUGUAGCGAGCGUGGUGGCUCCCGACCUCUACGAUGGAGAUGGCGGCGGAUGGAGGUUGGGAGACAAGGCUGUUUAUGGACUUAAACAAGCACCACGAGCAUGGUAUGCCACUCUUACUAAUUUCAAAGUUGGGAGUCAUCUCAUGCUUGUUCAAAUUUAUGCUGAUGACAUUAUUCUUGGUUCUACUGAUCCUAAUCUGUUGAAUUAUUUUAAAAACAUGAUGAAAAGCCAAUUUGAAUUGAGCAUGAUGGGUAAAGUCAAUAAUUUUCUAGGAUUAUAUAUUCGUCAAAGUAGAGAAUGUAUCUUUAUCAAUCAAGAGAAUUACUCUCGUAAUCUGCUUGUAAAUUUUGGAAUGAUGAAUAACACAAAAUUACUAGUACCUAUGGCAGUUGGCACUCGACUUGGUCCUUCGUUUUAUAAUCCGGCUGUUGAUCUCACGUUGUACAUGAGCAUGAUCAGUUCGUUACUUUACUUAACAGCUAGUCGACCUGAUAUCAUGUUUGCUGCUUGCAAUUGUGCUAGGUAUAAAUUGAAUCCCAGGGAACCUCAUCUAACAGCAGUCAAAAAUAUCUUUCGUUAUCUCAAAGGCACAGUUUCGUUGGGCUUGUUGCACCCUUCGAAAACAGGGUUUUUCAUUCAAGCAUUCUCAGACGUAGACCUUGGUGGAUGUCAGCUAGAUCGUAAAAGCAGGAGUGGUGGAAGUCAACUUUUGGAUGAGAAGCUCGUUAGCUGGCAAUCGAAGAGGCUAACUUGUGUUUCAAUUUCCAUAGCAGAAGCAGAAUAUGUUGUUGCUGUGGCUUGCACUUCUCAAAUCAUUUGGAUUCAAAUUCAACUACGUGAUUAUGUAAUCAACAUGAAGAAAAUUUCGUUGUAUUGUGAUUGA